AUGCCUCCGCGCCGACGAUCUCCGGUAACCGCGGCCUUCAUCGCCGGCGUCGUGGCCGCAUUUAUCGUCUACUUCAUUCAGCACACCUUCUUCUCGCACCUCCACCUGCCCGCGCCGCCCGCGCCGCACGACGGCUCGGCCAUGCACGCCGUGCUCGCGAAGCCGCCGCCUGCGAGAGCAGCGCCGAAACCGCCGCCGAAACCGCCGGCGCCGACCGCGCCGCGCGCCGCCGCGAACCCGCCGGACCGGCGGUCGUGCGUCGACUCGUCGUCGUGGUUUCACGACGACCCGAAGAAGGACUGCGCCUACCUCGCCGUCGCCGCGACGACGAAGAGCUGGAAGCACAAGUGCUCCUGGCGCGACGCCGGCGGCGUCAAGGGCUGGGCCGCGUGCCCCGGCGCGUGCCGCAAGGAGUGCCGGCGGACGUGCGCGCCGCGGCCCUCCGUCCGCUGCGCCGCGGCCCGCGCGCCGCCGCCGUCGGCGAGCGCGCCGCAGCACGCCCUCCUGGAGGGCCUCGCGGCGCGGCUCGGGGCGCCCAACGUGUCCAUGCACCGGAGCCUCGCGGCCAUCGCCGCGCGGCGCGGCAACGCGUCGCUCGACGCCGCCGCGCGGCAGCGGCAGCUCUGCGACCUCCUCGACGGGCCGACGCGGCGUCCCCCGGGGAGCUGCGGCCCGCGCUGGUUCUUCGUGCCGGACACGCGCAAGGACAUGCCCUUCGUCCGGGAGGAGAUGGCCGCGCUGGGCCUCUGCGCGUACUCGAAAAAAAAGGCGCCGCCCGACGGGAGCGUCGACGUCUUCUUCGGCCACGACUUCCCGCCCUGGAACCGCUCCUGGGCCCGCCCCCUGUCGCCGGCCUUCGCCGACGGCGGCGUCGUCGGCGGCGGCGUGCUCCCCGGCGCGUCGGACCUCGGCGCGAAGCAGGCGAUGACGGAGCUCUACCGCCACUGCGUCGACGACGUCGAGUCGGGCCGGCGCCGCGCGGCGCUGUGCCCGCGCCUCGCGGGCCGGGGCCUGCUCGUGAGCUUCGACGUCAACGGCGAGGAGGUCGUCGACUGGCGCCACGACCGCUUCGACGCGCGGGAAAAGGCGCGGCUGCGGGCCCGCGACGUCCCGCGCCUCGCCAAGCUCCGCGGCGAGAUCCAGAAAUACCUCCACGAGCGCGAGGGCCUCGAGUCGUCCGCGUGGAUCGUCAAGCCCCAGUCGCGCCUCGCCGCGGGCCUCCACCAGUCGCGGGGCAUGCACCUCGCGCGCCUCGACCACGCCGCGGACCUCGCGAGCGACGGCGCGUUCCUCGCGUGGAUCGCGAAGCACAUGAAACGAGGCGAAUGCGACGACGGGUCCGUUCUGGACGUCCCCCAUCGCAAGUACUGCGCGCGGCGCAAGGUCGUCUUCCAGAACUUCGUCGAGGACGUGUCGGAGAUCUUCGGGCGCAAGUACGACGUCCGCGUCUGGGCGCUGGUGACGUCCGUGGACCCGCUCCGCGUCCACGUGCUCCGCCACGGCCUCACGAAGAUCGCGAGCACGACGCGGCGCUCGGUCGAGAACGGCACCUUUGGCGCCGUGAAACCGCUCGAGGACGACUGCGCCCACAUCAAGCUGUUGAUGAACCCGUCGUGCGGCGUCAAAUCCGUCGCGCAGUUCACGGCGGGCAUGGAGCCGGAGGGCUACCCGAAGUCGACGGCGUCGCGCGCCUUUACGGAGCGCGCGACGUUCGGCCCGCGGGCCUACCGGGGCGCCGCGUCGACGCGCGCGGGCAACGAGGCGCUCCUGGCGUCGACGACGUGGCCGCGCGUCGAGGGCUUGUUGACCAAGGUGCUGCUGCGGUCGCGGGACAAGCUCCGGGCCCGCGGCGCCGAGGCCGCGGACCUCGAGUCGCGGACCCGCGGCGGCGGCGCGCCGGUCGCGGCGCGGACGUCGCCCGCGGCCAUGCUCUCGCCCGACUUCGUGCUCGACCGCAGGGGCGUGCCCCACCUCGAGGAGAUCAACCACAAGGGCCUCAUCAUCGGCGAGAACGGCGACGACCAGUGCAACGACGGCGGCGCGGACAUCAUUUUCACGGACUACGGCGCGCUCCGCAGUUUGCUCCAGAUCGCGGGCGUCGACGAUUUCCCCGAGGCGCCCGCGUACGCGGACAAGCUCGACGCGGCGAUCUGCGCCUUCUGCGGGUCGCGCGACGGGACGCCCAAGUGCGCGGCCGACGAGGUCGCGGCGAUGGCGCGCGCGGUCCACGAGGAGGCGCACGCGGGGCCCGACUGGUACCGCCUCUACCCGCCCCUGACCUGCCACGCACGCGACGGCACCUGCGCGCCGCCGGCGCCGCCGCGGUCCGCGGGCGGCAGGCCCGCGUCGGACUGGCCCGACCAGUUCAAGCUCACGGAGGCGCACCUCGCCGCGUUCGUCGAGUCGCGGCUCGACAGGGUCGUCCGCGAGUUCCUCGAGGCGACGGACACGUCGCUGAUCCACGGCCGCGUCGUCGUGCCGGGCCACGGCCGCUGGCCGCCGCGCUGA